UACUACAAAUUUCUUUUUUAAUAGAGCCAGACGGUGGAGGAUGAGUUUCAAAGUCCUACUCAACCAGAUUCAAUGUAAAAAACGGAAAAUUAAUAUGGACAACAAUUACGAAACACUUUUGAACAAAGUAGAAAGUAGGUCAAAUAGAAAAUAUGAAUGGCUUGGAGAGCAGGUGGUGGCUACAUUAAAUGACAUGACGAACAAAAACAUCAUUAUGGAGGCCAUUACUAAAAUACAAGAAGUCACAAUGAUGUUUGCAGCAAAAGAUCUGGCUGAAAGCACCACAGCACCACAAGAGAAACAUUCAGACAUAUUGGCAGAAGCUUUAGUUGGUGUUCUGGACGAGGAAGAUAUGUAGCCAUGAAUUGUAAAUAUU